AUGGAUCCAGAAUGGAGUUUCCGAGGGAGAAGAUGGUUCUACGGACCUGAUGAGGAAGAUGUCGCUGCUCGGAUGAAGCCUGACAUGGUUGGACAAGGUUUUGACCGUGACCAUCCUAUUGUGCGCAUGUGUGGUGGUGUGCCGUUAGCACUACUUUGCAUGUUUUCGGCAAUGAGAAUGGUCCGAGAGCAACAACAACUAGGGGUACAUGUAAAGGCAUGCGUUGUGCAAGAUAUGAUUAAGAAGCAAGUUAAGCAAAGUGGAAUUCAGAACACUCCAGGGUUUGAACCGUUGGUAGAGAGUUUGCAGCUUGACUACACCGAUCUUCCUCACCAUAUGUUGAAGACCUGCUUGUUGUACUGCAGUGUAUACCCUGAGAAUUAUAGUUUUCACAUGAAUGAUUUGGUCAUGCGAUGGGUCGCUGAAGGAUUUACUUAUAAAGAGGCUACAGGAAAAGAUUAUUUUGAAGAGCUUUGCAACAGGGGAUUUAUGAUGCGUCUGCAAUAUGCAUUGGGCAUGCCCUACUACCAAAUGAACCCGAUGAUGCGAUAUUUCCUUAGAUGGAAAUCACGUGAAGAUAAUUUCAUUACUUGCAGUUCCGACAUCACAUCGGCAUAUGCAAGUCCAGUCCAUCGGCUAUGUAUUGACGAUCAUCAAGAUGAUGAUGGUGCUGAUCCGUUCUCUGGAUUAGAUUGGUCCCAGAUUCGAUCUCUUGUUGUUUUUGAGGGUGCCGAGAGAUAUGUCCCCUUUGAGAAGUUGGAAAAUGUGCGGGUGUUGGAUCUUCAAUAUUUGAACUUUGAAUUCAGGGCUCUUGGGAAUCAUCAUGUGAAGGAUAUAUGUGGACUGCUCCGUGUGAGGCACCUAUUCGGCCUAGAGGGGCGCAAAAUUAGUGAGAUACCACCAGAAAUAGCAAGGCUGCAGUAUUUGGAGACUUUACAGAUAAGCAAAACAUCGAUCAGAGAGUUACCCACUGAGAUCGGGGACUUGCAGCAAUUAAAGACUCUCGAUGUGAGCAACAACAGUGCACUGGCAGAGCUUCCCAGGGAGACCGGGGAACUGCAGAAUUUGAAGCGACUGCUCUUGAAGUACACGGAGGUGGUGACGUUGCCAGCAGGAAUCAGGGGAUUGAAGAAUCUGAAGAUUUUGGAAGGAGAUCGUAUUAGCUCUGCAAUACCCUGGGAAGCUGGUGGACAGUUUUCAAAAUUGGAGGCAGUGCCCGAGUGCAUCCGCAAAGCUUGGAAGAAUAGUGAUCUUUUGUCUGAGUUAGCUGGGGAGAUCUUGUCCAUUAAAUUACAUGUUUCAUGCGUUUCUGGGGGAGGCCUAAUCCUUGGCACAAAACACAUGCAUAUUCCACGGUGGAUCAAAGAUCACUUCAACGACCUUCGCUACUUGGAUAUCAUGGUCUGCAAACUUGAGGAGCAGGAUCUCGAGAUUCUGAGGGAGAUGUACUACCUAUACGAUCUCACGCUAAGAUUUCAGGUCGUCCCAAGAAAGCCCAUAGCCAUCAGCGGUGAAGGGUUCCGAUGGCUCGAGACACUCGUUGUUGACAGCCGCACGCCACCGCUAAUCACCUUCCAGGAAGGAGCGAUGCCGCGUCUGGAAAUCCUCAGCUUCGAGUUUCAGUUCAACGGUGGCCCACCUGCAAAUAGAGACCCACUGGGUAUCAAACAUCUGCGCGACCUCGAAGCCGUCGAAUUUAGAUGCAACGAGGAAUGGUAUGGAGGAGCAGAGAGCAUCCCGUGCAUGAGCGCGAUGAUUGACGUGGUGAGGAAAGAAGCCCAGGAGCAUCCCAACAAGAUCAGCUUUCGUGUCACUGGCCGCGAGGAAGAGACUUUUCCGGCGAACAAGAGCGCACAGGUUCCAGAUGCUUCCAGCUGUGGGAGUAGCGCCAUGAAGCAUGAUUGA